GAAGUUUGACGUCACUUUGACCCAACCCACUACCGGAAGACUUCCUUAAUUUUCACCGGAGAUCAACAACGCAUUUAGCUAGCUAUGUAACUUCAUUCACCAUGCCAGAAGUACACUUUGAUUAGCCAGCAGAGAGACUACUACUCCAUCACUCCACUAUCCAUUCACUUCAGGUCUGGCAAAAGUAGGACCAAAGAAAUCUACCCUGCAAGCUAGCUAACCACAGUAUACGUCCCGGGACUCAAGUGAGAGGAGCAACAUGCCCAAGGACUCUGACAAACCUGGGGGUGGAGAGGACAGAACUGACUCCUCUGAACAGUCCCAUAGUAAGAGAGUCCGGAGAGGCACACCUAGUCCUCACAAAGGGAACACCCCACAAUCCAGCCCACCAAGAUUUGUGUCAGUGGAGGAGCUCAUGGAGACGGCGAAAGGUGUGACCAACAUGGCCCUGGCCCAUGAGAUCGUAGUGAAUAAUGACUUCCAGGUGAAGCCCUCAGAGCCAGCAGAAGGAAGUUUGGAAAAAAGAGUGAAGGAAAUUAUGCAUAAAGCAUUCUGGGACGUUCUAGAGGCACAACUGAGUGAGAACCCGCCAUCAUAUAAUCACGCCAUCAAACUUCUUGCUGAGAUCAAAGAGACUCUGCUGUCCUUUCUGCUUCCGGGUCAUGGUCGGUUGAGGGGGCGAAUUGAGGAGGUGCUAGACCUCUCUCUGAUCCAGCAGCAGGCAGAGAACGGAGCUCUGGACAUCAGUAAGGUGGUUGAGUUUGUCAUUGGUAUGAUGGGUUCACUCUGCGCUCCGAGCCGGGAUGAGGAAAUCCGGAAGCUUCGGGAAAUCACAGAUCUUGUGCCUCUGUUAAAGGCGAUAUUUCCAGUGAUGGAUAAAAUGAAACUUGAUAUGGCCAAUUUUGCCGUCAGCAGUAUCCGACCCCACCUCCUGCAGCAAUCCGUGGAGUACGAACGGAAGAAAUUCCAGGAGUUUGUUGAAAAACAACCCAACGCCUUAGACUUUACUGAGAAGUGGCUUCAAGACUCUGCUAAAUGUGUACUUCAUGAAGAUCAAGCGGGUGGGGCGGGUAGUUUACCCACUCCUCUCGCUGUGCACAACCAUGCUUACCUGCGUCUGCUUAAAUGGAACCACGCAUCUGAUCCUUUCCCUGAGACUCUUCUCAUGGACCAGGUGCGUUUCCAGGAAAUGCAGCAGGACUUGGAGCAGCUGGUUCUGGUGGCGUCUGUGCUACUCAUAGUGUACAACACCACGGGAGAGGCCAUCUCAGGCCUGCCAGGCCUUAUGGACAGACUGAAGAGGACCAUCGGGGUUCUGCUCACAGAGAUGCACAUGCCGUCUUUCAGUGCAGAUGAAGCCUUGGCUACCAUUGGAGAGAGGAUGUGUGUGGAGCUAAGUGGAUGUCUGUCUGAACAUGGCUUCUCCCCGUUCUCCACCAACCGGCAGAGCAUUCUAAAAGGCCAGAUCUCGGCUGUUACUCUCCCAGACAACGCCAUCCGCAGGCUUAUAGGCUCCCGCAUCCAGACUUACCUGCUUGCCUUCCUGGAGUCCAGUCACAGGAGUGCUCCAACCCUGCCAGGGGGCCUAGCUCCAGUCAGCAAAGAGCUGGAAGAGAUUGCCAUGAAGUUUGGCCGUCUGGUCCACUUCAACAAGUUGGUUUAUUCCCCUUUCUACCAAAAGAUCCUUCAGGAGAUUGUGCAAGAAGGAGAAAGUCAUGACACCUAGGCUUUAACACUGAACUGUUAAUUAAAAUGGGAUUACUGUAGGUUAUCCAUGCUUUCCAUUGUAUGGCUAAAGAUAAUGUAAUAAUGACAGUAUUGUACAAUGCCAGUAUUAAUUGAUAUGAAAAUACUUAUACACAAGCGCUGUUGCAUUCACAUGUUACUUACUUGAUGAUGGUGCCUCUGUUUCUGGAUUGGUACAACAAACACGGGUAAAAAAAGGCAUACAAAACGGCAUGUUUUCUUUUACUUGCAUUAAAUAAGGAGUUCUGUGAUAGCAUCUGGAAACUAUUUGGUACAGGCUACUCAUGAAUUGAAUUGCUUGAAAAAAUAUACAACAAGAUGUAGAAUUUAUUCCCAGAAGAUAACACUAAAAAGUAUUCCUUAAUACACGUUUCCAAAGUGGUCCUCGAUGGUAAAGGGGAGAACAUAAGAGGACUUUUUGUGUAGAGACCCUCCUUGUUGGAUAUUUAUUUCCACUGUAAACUGCUAUGUAUACUGUAAAGCACACAUCGCUACCUAGGUUUCCAUCCAAUUGGCGACAGAGUUUCAUGCAAAUAUUUUAAAAUCUGCAUAAAACAAUAUGCACAUUUUCCCAACAGAGAUGUGUUCCCAUCAAACUGACAGACAAAAGGCUGUGCGUGAUGAUGUAGUGCAACUGAAAAUAGCUUUUGCGGUUAAAUUCUCAUGUACCGAAUAAAAAUAAAUAAACAAGUUAAAUGGGUUUCCAGCGCAUUUUCAACUCUACUGAUGGUUUUCACACACAAAAUGUUGGAUUAUAUAGUGAGUGUGCCCACUCUGGUAUUGGCAUCGCUGUUGGCAAGCGCGCAUGUUUAGUUUACAUGAUGAGAUUAUUAGGACAAAAGAGCGAGAUUAUUUGAUAUAUCUCAAACGGCAGACAAGCAUCGAUGACCAUGUCACCAGAAUAAGACCCUCGAUGUUUAUUGGAAAGGAGCAUCAAGCUCACCACCUUGCACUUUCACCACCCUGUGAACUUCAUCACUAAUUCACAAUUUAUUUGAUCUUUAGCCUAAUAAACUGCAUGCUUUCCCUACGAGUCGUAGUGGGAGGACCACAACAUGUCAUCGUUUGACUCCAAGUUUACUUUGAUGUGAUGGUUAUUAUAUCAAUAUUUGCGCACAAAAGUGUUUCCAUUGAUAUUUCUCGCAUAAUUCAUUAUACCAACACAAAUUCCACCUUUAUACCAACACAAAUUCCUCUUAUAGCGUCUUUAGGCCUGUCAUAAUUUUUUUUUAUCUGACAUGUACUUUACUUGCAUAAAAAGGUUGGAUGGGAACCUGGUUAUUGACAGUGAUCAUGAUUGGUGCCUUGCACCUUCAUGUGACCAGCUGUAGAUUCAUGAUUUGGUAAUUGUUUAAACAUGUUAACAAUUUUAAUGAAAGGACAAAAGGUAAUACUGAACCAUACAAUCAAUCAAAUAUAUUUAUAAAGCCCUUUUUACAUCAGCAGAUGUCACAAAGUGCUAUACAGAAACCCAGCCUAAAACAGCAAACAGCAAACGAUGCAGAUGUAGAAGCACGGUGGCUAGGACAAAAGCAGGAACCUAGGAAGAAACCUAGAGGAACCAGGCUCAAACGGGUGACCAGUCCUCUUCUGGCUGUGCCAGGUGGAGAUUAUAAGAGUACAUGGCCAUUAAGGCCAGAUUGGUCUUCAGUAUGUUCAUAGAUGAUCAGCUGGGUCAAAUAAUAAUCACAGUGGUUGUAGAGAGGUUGCAACAGUUCCGUACCACAGGAGUAAAUGUCAGGUGGCUUUUCAUAGCCAAGCAUGCAGCAGUGGUGUUAAGUACUUGUGUUUUUUGGGGGGUAUCGCUACUAUACUAUUUAUAUUUUUGACAACUUUUACUUCACUACAUUCCUAAAGAAAAUAAUGUACUUUUUGUUCCAUAUAUUUUCCCUGACACCCAAAAGUACUACAUUUUGACAGGAAAAUGAUCCAAUUUACGCACAAGAGAAGAUCCCUGCUCACCCCUACUGUGUCUGAUCUGGCGGACUCACUAAAUACAUGCUUAAUUUGUAAAUUAUGUCAGUGUUGGAGUGUGCCCAAGGCUAUCUCUCUGCUUUGCUUACUAUAAGGAAUUUGAAAUUAUUAAUAAUUUUACUUUUGAUACUUAAGUGUAUUUAAAACCAAAUACUUUUAGACUUUUACUCAAGUAUUAUUUUAAUGGGUGACUUUCACUUUUACUUGAGUCAUUUUCUAUUAAGGUAUCUUUACUUUUACUCAAGUAUGACGUUUGAAUACUUUUUCCACCACUGGCAUUCAGAGGUCGAGACAGCAGGUAUGGUAGAGAGAGAGUCUAAAACACCAUGUUUUUACAAGCUCUGUUUCCUUUUUGGCAAACCAGGUUUCCAUCCAACCUUUUUAUGUGAGUAAAGUACAUGUUGGAUAAAAAAUUUAUUGACAGGCCUGAUGGAAACAGCAAAUUUGUCUGUAAACUUUUCAAAUCUCGACAAAACAAAAUACACUAGACAAGGGGGAUCUUUUUCUGUCUAAAAUGUAUUAUGCGAGAAAUGGCAGUGGAAAUGUUUUCAUGUGCAAAUAUUGAUCAUAUUGGAGUCGGGUAAUGAUCUUUUGUGAUCCUCCCACUACGAGUUGGGAAAGCAUGCAAUUUAUUAGGUAAGGCUACAUUUUUUAAAAAUUAUUUAACCAGGUAGGCCAGUUGAGAACAAGUUCUCAUUUACAACUGCGACCUGGCCAAGAUCAAGCAAAGCAGUGGGACACAAACAACAACACAGAGUUACACAUGGAAUAAACAAACGUACAGUCAAUAACGCAAUAGAAAAAUCUAUAUACAGUGUGUGCAAAUGAGGUAAGAUUAGGGAAGUAAGGCAAUAAAUAGGCCAUAGUGGCGAAGUAAUUACAAUUUAGCAAUUAAACACUGGACUGAUAGAUGUGCAGAAGAUAAAUGUGCAAGUAGAGAUACUGGGGUGCAAAGGAGCAAAAAAACAAUAUGGGGAUGAGGUAGUUGGAUGGGCUAUUUACAGAUGGGCUAUGUACAGGUGCAAUGAUCUGUGAGCUGCUCUGACAGCUGAUGCUUAAAGUUAGUGAGGGAGAUAUGAGUCUCCAGCUUCAUUGAUUUUUGCAAUUCGUUCCAGUCAUUGGCAGCAGAGAACUGAUAGGAAUGGCGGCCAAAGGAGGAAGAGGCUUUGGGGGUGACCAGUGAAAUAUACCUGCUGGAGCGCGUGCUACGGGUGGGUGCUGCUAUGGUGACUAGUGAGCUGAGAUAAGGCGGGGCUUUACCUAGCAAAGACUUAUAGAUCACCUGGAGCCAGUGGGUUUGGCGACAAAUAUGAAGCGAGGGUCAGCCAAUGAGAGCAUACAGGUCGCAGUGGUGGGUAGUAUAUGGGGUUUUGGUGACAAAACAGAUGGCACUGUGAUAGACUGCAUCUAAUUUGCUGAGUAGUGUUGUAGGCUAUUUUGUAAAUGACAUCGCCGAAGUCAAGGAUCGGUAGGAUAGUCAGUUUUACGAGGGUAUGUUUGGCAGCAUGAGUGAAGGAUGCUUUGUUGUGAAAUAGGAAGCCGAUUCUAGAUUUAGUUUUCGAUUGGAGACAGAUGAAAAGUUAUGACCUUCACUUCACUGGGUGGUGAAAGUGCACGGUGAUGAGCUUGAUGCUCAUUUCCAAUACCUAUCGAUGGUCUUAAUCUGUUGACAUGAUAAUCUGCCAUUUGACAAAUAAUAAUAAUCUCGAUCUUUUGUCCAUAAUAAUCUUAUCAUGUAGUAGGCUAUACCCACACUGUAUCUGCGAGUGUGAGCAGUUGGCUAGAGCGCCCAUGUACUCACCAGAAUGGGACGUUCGCAAUAUUACACAAAAUGUUUUGUGACAAAACCAUCAGUAGAGUUGAAAAUGCGAUGGAAAUGUUUUAUUCGGCACUACGUCAUCUGGCACAGCCUUUUAUUGGCCACUAGCCAAUUUGAUGGAAACGUCUGUGGUGGGAAAAUGUACAUAAUGUUUUUAAGAAUUUUUGAAUAUUCGCAUUUAAAAUCUGUCCCCAAUUGGAUGGAAACCCAGCUAUAGAUGCAGAUAAAACCAGUCAUGCAUACAAAUGUGUAUAUACUGUAAGAGCUUAAUGUUACUGUUUAACUUAUUGUUUUCUCAACAUCUACUGCAUGUCCAUCGAUCUUUUGACUCAUUCCAUGCAACAUUAACUCUCCUUCAAUGCAUAGCCGCGGGAAGUAGGGGUGUCGAGGGUGCUGCAGCACCCCCUGAAAACGCAGAUAUUUUUUUUUUUUAUGAAUAAAAAUAUACAGUACCAAUGAAAA